UGGGGGAGACUGGCUUUCAGUGGAGAGGGCAGAGAAUGUCCAGUUGGCAUUCAUGGAUGGUGACAACGCAGAAGAGCGCCUGGAUGGUCUUCUCCCCAAGUUCGAGUUGUGGCACGCAAUAAGAAACUUGGUAGAGAUACUGCACAGCAUCUUCUACAAGGAGGCGUCGGCGGGUGACAAGGGAUCCUUGUGCUCCAACAUGAAUGUGGUAGGCGCAACAACAGCCAAGAAAGGACCCCACGAUGCCUACAACCACUACAAGGAGUACAUCAACAAGGACAUCGAUGCUCUCAUCAUCUACGCCUGCUUGAAAGCCUUCAAGUUGGAAAGCAUUGAUGCACGACCAGCAGACUUCCCCCCUGCCUACAUCCUGAAUGCCAAUCUCCACGUGCAAAAGGACUGGCUUGAGAGCAGGGCGGCAGAGAUUGUAGAUGACUUGCUUGCAGGCAAUACUGAGUCUCUCCAUGACAUCAGAGAAGGUAUGGCACCCAAACCGAGACCACAGUUGCCUUGCCGACACCCCGGUUGCCCAAAGGUGUACGUAAGGCCUGGGGCAAGAGUCACACAUGAAAAAGGCCAUCACGACCUUGUUGUGGAGGAAGAGAGCGAAGAGUCAAGUUUGCCAAAAGAAGACCACAUUUACAACUACCAGACAAGCAAACUGACCCUAGCUCUCUUGAUCCGCAACAUGGACGAUGCCACCAAGGAGGGAGACGGGGAGAGGUUAUCCAGGUGCUUCAGGAUGGCCCUUUUGUAUUACAAAGCCUACGGCCACACCAAAUAUGCAUAUGGUACUUUGAUGUUCUUUGCCAAAGUGAAUGCCCUGUUGCCCCCUAAGCUGGCCCACAGUCUGGUGUGGAACAGAGUAGUGAACAACAGAGGCGGUAAAGGUAACAAUAUCCCCCUGGAUCAAAAUUUGGAACACAUGAACAACUACCUGAAAUCCUUCCUGAAGCACCUUGGGCCUAACCUCAAUGAACAGAGUGCUGCCCGUAUUGCCAAUGCCAUUGGUGAAAUGGCGGCACUGCUAAAGAGGGCAGACUCAGACUUGGGUGUGCGUUCUGACUCUGGACGCCACACCAAAGCUGAUCGCAUUCCAGAGCUGCACACCCUGGUCGAUCAGUACGCACAGGUCGAGGCCCUUAGCUAUGUCCCAGGGAGGGAAUACAACUCCUUCCCUGGUUUCAAGAGGGACCUCUUGGCAAAGCUUUCUUCAGUCAAUCUAGCUAAAUGGGUGAACAGGCUAGUCUCUAAGUGGUCAGCUACAUAUGAGAAUGCAUGAGAAAUCAUCUUUGAUAGAACAUUCUGAUAAUUUGCUGACUCAUUCAAUGUAAAUAUUCUGAUUGCAUUGAUAGACCACGAGAUUGAAGUAAUAGACCACAAGUCUAUCGAUAUUUCAAUACUUCUGUUAGCUUAUAGAUG